AUGAUGAAAGAGGCUCAGGCUCGUCAAAAGAGCUACGCCGACAAGCGACGACGACCUAUCGAGUUCCAAUCAGGUGAUAAAGUCUUCUUGAAAGUUUCACCAACUCGUGGUAUUAGACGUUUUGGUCUUAAAGGGAAGCUCAGCCCGAGAUAUAUUGGUCCUUUUGAAAUUAUGGGAAGGGUUGGAGCUGUGGCCUAUAGGUUAGCUCUAUGGCCACAAUUGUCCCACGUACAUAAUGUGUUCCAUGUCUCUUCGUUGCGAGGAUACAACUAUAAUCCCCUACACGUCAUUGAAUAUCAUUUGGACCAUAUAGAGCAUGAUCUAUCUUAUCGUGAGGAGCCUGAGACAAUUCUUGAUCACGAUGAGAGAGGUACACGAAAGAGAGUGAUUCCUUUUGUAAAAGUUCUUUGGAAGAAUCACUCGGAACGUGAGGCGACGUGGGAAACUGAAGAACAUAUGCGGCGAGAGUACCCAAAAUUCUUAAACUGA